GGGAACUGCAGCCUGGUAAGGGUGCAUAGGGCAGUCACAGAACUAACAUUACCAGAAUAGUUUCACAGUCAAUCACUCUCCCCAGGGAAUUUUGGGAAAUGUAGCUCUGCAAGAAGAGCAGGGGCUUCUAGCAGCCCCCAGCAAGCCACAGCACUUAGGAUUCUGGGGAAAACCAUGGCAGCUCAAGGAGGUAUGACAAUGCCUUGAACUUAGGAAGACUAAACUUCAGGAAGUACUUCCUGAUGAAACAAUCUGAUCAGUAACUGAGCAGAUGGCUUUGGAAGGGGAAAGGACUCUCCAUUAAGAGAUUUAUAAGUGGGGGUGGAAUGACCACUUACAGAAUAGUGGGCUACAAUGUAAAAAGCACGUUUUGUUUUUUUAAAGCAAGUUGAUUUUUCACUGAAAAUAGUAAUGUUUCUCUCCAGUGCUAAAGUGGUUGUCUGUAAUUAAACCUCCCUCACUUAAGAGGAUGCUCCCACCUAAAGCCAUAUUACGUACAAAAUGUUACUUAUUUUAAUAAUUUCUAUACCUCUAAGCGGUGCACAAGAGGGAUACAUUGUACAUAGUUAAAUCAGUUAAAAGUAACCAUAUAUGUUAGCCAUAAUUGUUCAUAUACUCAUCGAGACUGGCAUCUACAGUGACGGGUUUUGUCAUUCUUUAUCCAGGCUCCUUCCUGUAUGGUUUUAUACCAAGAUUGCUCAGUGCACUUCUGUGUCUCUUGCUCACUGUCUUAAUGAAGGCAACAGCUUCAAAAGUACACAUCACUGGAAAUCUACCAAUGUAGCUUAGGACACAAUGUAUUUUUUUAAAGUGUUUUUAUUGAAAGUUUUCAACAUAAAACUAAUCUAAAUUACAAAAAUGGUAAGAAACCAAGAAAUGAGAAGAGAGAAACACAAUGUACAAACGGGUGUUCCAACUCACUAAUUCCAUUUUGGAAUUAAAAAUCUGAAGACGUGACAGUAACUGGGAAAAUACUGUAAUUUAGAAACAUCUUUUUUAUUGAAUAUCUGUACUUAGAGAUCUUAAAAGUUUGUAGCCAAAUUUUUUUAGCAUGAGUGGAUCACAUAAAUCUUACUGAUGUCAUGUUUCUUGGUAAUAUUAUUAGCCACUAGAUUGUACAGAGGCAUGUUCCACAGCUUCUGUUUUCUCCCUCUUUCCAUGAAGAUCUGCGAUCAGUCAGAAGGAUAGUUCUUCUUGCAAUAGUUUGCUGUACAGAAUUUGAUGCUUUCUCCUGCUGUUUAAAAAGUUACAUUUUCAUUUUCCUAUCAUUUUCAUUUUGUGUAUGUUAGGUGGAUUGCAAAGAUUUCCAAAAGCAUGGGUUAGGGUCUACUGGUAGCCCACAUACGUCUUUCUGAUAAGUAUUUCUUAUCUACUAGGGUGAAUGCAAGAACAAAGAUGAGAGAGUCAACAUGACUUACAAAUUCUUGCACUGAAAAUAAAGACAAUAAGGACUUCCCAUGUACGCUAGUAAGAAAUUACCUAUAGCUGACACACAGUUCAUAAUCAUACUCAUCCACAAAUGAGAGUCUUUACAGUUACUGCCAUAAUGUAUUCUGAGUUCUAUUUCCACCACCGGAACACCCUGUUGAGGUUCUCAAGUUCCAUAAAAGGCAGCCUUCUUCCUUAAGCAGUGACGUUGGAGCAGAGAUUCCCUGCUUAAUCUGUGGGGCAACUACAUCCCUGGUGUCACACUGCACAAAAGGUUUUCUUUCUUAAAGCCUCAAGUUCUACUCCACUGUUGGCCCAGCACGAUUAGCCUAUAAGCUGCUCACAAUAUCUUUGGGAAUUGUUUUUGGUGAGGAUCGAGACAGUUUCUCCCAUGCUUUUGAACACUUCCAGCUGUGAAAAGUUAGGGGAUGGGUAUAACUUGUCAUCCACGCUUCCUAAAACAUAAAUUUUAGUUCUCUUAAAAGGUGACCUUAAUUCCACCAAAAAAAACCCACGUAAACCAGAGGGAUGUCAUUAAAGGUGAGUGGCAGGACAGGAUAAGCAGCACAUGGUCUUACUGGCUUGGCGUAAUCUAAAAAAAUAGCAAUGUCUCUGAUCCAGUUUUGAAUUCAGAGAGUGUCGGCUUUUCUCCCAAAAAGAGCCUAAGAAUGGGACAUCCUUGAAAUAACUUGGUUUUCAACUGCAGUGUGCUGUAACAUAUCAUGUGAAAGCACAAAUCCACUAACUAGUAAAAUGAGGGAUUAUUUCCAUUGCUCAUCUGCUGGCAGAGAUUUCUCUAAAUUGGAUCACGCUGAUUAGUAUUAGAAUGACGCAUUGUAGAUCCAGCUUUAAUCAUUUGAAACCUUGAAGCUGUUUCUCCUUUGCAUGGAAGGGACCACUAGAAAUAGUUGCAUGUGCUAUUUGCCAAUAAUCCUUUUUUUAUUUAUUGUGAAAUUUGUUGAUUUUUGCCCCUUGGAAAACCUACCCACAUUUCUCCUCCUUCAGGCUCGGCAAGAUGGAGGGGCCAAAGCAUGGCUCAGUUAGAGCUACGCCAUUUGGAAUCUCCAAGGCCUGAAUGGUGGCAGAUCUUCCUGAAGUUGUUCUCUUUCCCAAAACAGGAUUAAUUUUUGUGAAGUCUUGGUGAGUCUAACACUGCAAAGAUGGCUGUGAUGAAAGUCAAGUUCAACCAGAAGAAAAGAGUAAAACUAGCACAAGGGCUAUGGCUCAUGAACUGGUUCUCCUUGUUUGCUGGGAUCGUCGUUUUCUCUAUGGGAUUGUUCCUGAAAAUUGAGCUCAGGAAACGAAGUGAAGUGAUGGACAACUCUGAAAGCCACUUUGUGCCGAAUUCCUUGAUCUUGGUGGGUCUUCUAGCCUCUGUGUUCAAUGGUCUUGCAGGCAAGAUCUGUUACGAUUCUCUGGAUCCUGCUAAAUUUGCAAAGUGGAAGCCUAUCUUGAAAGUGUACCUAGUGUUGUGUGUGCUCUUUAACCUCUUCAUUCUCUUCGUGGUUCUCAUUUGCUUUCUGCUGAGGGGUUCUCUGGAUAGUACAUUAGAACAUGGUCUAAAAAAUGGCAUGAAGUUCUAUCGAGAUACAGAUACUCCAGGAAGGUGCUUCAUGAAGAAGACCAUCGACAUGCUCCAGAUUGAGUUCAAAUGUUGUGGAAACAAUGGUUUUAGAGACUGGUUUGAGAUUCAGUGGAUCAGCAACCGAUACUUGGAUUUUGGCUCAAAGGAAGUGAAAGACCGAAUUAAAAGCAACGUGGACGGCAGAUACUUGGUGGAUGGCGUCCCCUUCAGCUGCUGCAACCCGAGUUCGCCACGACCUUGCAUCCAGUACCAGGUCUCUAACAACUCAGCUCACUACAGCUAUGACUUUCAAACCGAAGAGCUCAAUCUAUGGAACCGCGGCUGCAGGGAGGCUCUGCUUAAAUACUACAGCAACAUGAUGAGCUCCAUGGGAAUCAUUGUCCUCUUUGUCUGGCUCUUUGAGAUGUCGGUGAUGAUAGGGUUGAGGCUGUUGCAUACUUCCCUGGAGAGCAUUGCCAAUCCAGAAGAUCCAGAAUGUGAGAGCGAAGGAUGGGUGCUGGAGAAGAGCCUGAAAGACACUUUCAAAUCCACCCUGGAAAAUUUGAAAAAUAUUGGUAAGAUGAACCAAGUGGAUGCAGGCACAGAAGGGGCAGAAGGUGAUGGCGCAAAAACCCAAGCUGUCUCAACCGUCAGUUGAGUUUAUUGGCUGAAAAGACUGUUACCAAAGACUGAGAUUUGUGAAUAUUCGGUUUUUAAAAAGGUACAAGCUGUCGCAGCUAUAUAUAUAUAUGCAUGCACAAAACAUACACUUUUUACAUACGGAGAGAGUAUAAAGCACUUUGUGGAUAAUAAAAGCAUCCUUACAGUAGACAGCCAAAACCACUUCUAUGGGAAAUGCUAUAACGUGAAGUUUAAAGCAGAUACUUUCUAGGGUAAUUCUAUUUUUGAGGCAAGUGAUAUUUCAUAAGAAAUUCGGUGGGAAUAAGUGGUCGACGCUAUCUUGUGUUUCGCAUCCCAUCACUGGAAACCGAAUGGGGAAGUUUAAAGCUAAUUAUUUUUGUACUUAAGUUUACAAAUAUAUUUGUAAAAAACAACAACAGUAUACUUUUCUGGGGGUAGUCAAAGCACUGCUCUGGAUGUUCUUGCUAGAGCAAAGGAAUAUUCAGUUGUCCAAGUAAUGGAAAGACAUAGAGAAUGGUAUGAGUUCAUAAUAGCCUCUAAUUUUUUGGAUAAACACAAGGGUUGUUUGAAGUUGUUACUGAAAGGACUACCUUCUGCCAUGUUCACAUGAUGCACAAAAACAGAGAGUAAAAUUGUACUGGAUUUCUGUGCACUGAACACCAAUUUGUCAUUUGAUAAAAAUAAGAUCACACUGAUUUGAACAGCAGAUAAGCUAUAGCCCAAGCUGCCAGCGAUUGCUCAGGUGCUGUGAUGCCAAUACGUCAUUCAUUCGUUUGGUAGGUAUUUCUGUAUUUCAACUACUUCAGAGUUUUGAGGCUCACUUUGUUUUAACAUACACACCAACUACAAUAAAUCGGACAUGAGAAUUCUGCUGUUUCCUGGGAAGUAAUCAUGGCAACCAACUUGUAGCGGUUUGGUUGUCAAAGGGAAAAUAUUGCCGCAAAUCAGUACUUGGGUGUGAGCCUUUCCCCCUCCUUAAUAGGCACAAGCUAAUAAUCGAAGAAAGUUCAACAUUUUAUUCGACAAAUUGGAUGCAAUGCAGAAAAGUUGGAUUUUCUGCAGCUUACAGAAGACAUCAUUGGCUCAAUGACCUUGUUGGCUCAGUGCACUUUGAAUCCAAACACAUUAUUUUGCAUGACUGUAUAUUACUUUACUGUUAUUCUAAAAGUGGUGAUCAGAUAGCAAAUACUUUUUAAAUUUUAGAAGCUGGAAUGAAGAAUGGGAAAGAGCUUGCUGCGUAAAGAGAUUUUUAUCUUUGUUCUAUAUGAAGUUUCCAUUUUUAUUUAAUUAUUUGUACAUACAUGCAUGUAUUUGCCAGGCAAGCCUUUCCUGAGUGAAAGCAAAAAGCAGUUAGCUAGCUUCAGCAGAUUCCUAGGUGCUGUGAACAAACUGUGGUUGGACCUAGUACUUUGUCCAAAAGACUUGACCAUCUUCAGUAAGUGAAGAAGAAAGGGAUGGGUGAUUGAGAAGAGGUUUUGAGUAAGUCAGACCAAACGGUCCAUCUAGGCUGGUGCUGGCGACAGCUCUCUAAGGCCUUUCCCAGCUUUUGUUAUCUGUGCUCCUUUUAACUGGACAUGUUGAGGACCAAUGGGGAUCUUCUGUGUGCAUGGACACUUGACAAGAGAGAGUGCAAGGGGCCAUAAGAGAAGCUGACCUCUGCUAGGUAUGGCCACAAGCCCCAGAAGGGGGAGACCUCUGAAAUAAGGACCAUGAGACUGAAGUGAAAAAGGAGGGCAGGGUAGAAACUGAAGCACAGGAGUGAUGUGAUCACAGAGAAAGGAGCGCCAAUGUAAAGGAAUCAUAUGGGAGAGAAAAGCAAGUGGGAAUGUCAACAAGGAGUAGGUUACAGUAGUAUCCUUAAGUCAUGACGGGAGUACAGCCAUGGUUUUUAGAAGCAGGUAUCAAAAAGAACGAAAAAUAACAUAGCGAAUUGACUUGUGAGGUGGUGUGUUGUUUGAUAAGA